AUGCCGUUCCGGAACCUGCUCUUUAUUCACCUGGUUGAUGCUAGUGAAAAAUAUGGUGAUGGUCAAAGAAUGCUUGUAGCUAACGAAGUCAUUGAAAAAGGCGAAAAGAUAUGGUGGUGUACAUGUGGUGAUGAUGAUGAAAUAUUGUCGCGUGAUGAAAUAUUAACGUUAUGUGUUGAUUAUCCACAUUUGAAAAAAUUUCUCUACUGGUAUUCGUAUAUGAUUGCUGAUGAUAUAUAUUGCAUACCAAAGACAUAUUGCGAACAACGAAAUAAUGAUGAAUGCUGUUUAUUCAAUCAUUCUUGUGAACCAAACUGCGGUUUUGAUAUAUCCGAUUCAAAUAACAUUGUUGCAUUAAAAACAAUUCAACCCGGUGAAGAAUUGACAUACGAUUAUAAUUUUCUUGAGACAGAACCAUCCUUCACCCGUGGUAUGCAGUGUAAAUGUGAAACUAAAUCAUGUGUUGGCGUUCUCAAUUUUGAUCGAUAUCGUGAUCCUGAAUUUCAAGAGAAAUAUCUCAUGUACAUGAGUCCUUAUUUACAACAGCGUAUACGAGAAUUAGAAUCAAAAUGGUAUUCAGGCAAAUGUUUUACACGUACAACAAUUGAUCCGAAAAUUCGUUCACUACAUGCUCUCGAAAGGAUCGCAGCUGGUGAAGUAGUGGCAAAAUUUUCGGGUCCGAUAGCGGUUGAAAACCAUUUUAUUCAACAUUCCGAUGUGCCAACGUGCUUUGUUAAUCAUAAAAAAGAAGUAAUUGCUUUUACUGCUUUGCCUUAUGAGUCAGAAAUUACAUUAAAUUAUAAUAAAGUACUGUCAUAG